AGGUAGGGCAAUAGAUAGACAGAUAGAUGAAUGACUGCUUCAUAUUUAGAUUGAUCAAUAGAGAGAAGAAUGUGAAAGAGCAUCAGAAAAGUAACUGACGUUCAGAAACAAAAGAGAAAGGGGGCAAAGACACGAGAAAAAAAGAAAGAGAGGAGAACGCACAAAUGACAGAAAGUGAAAGAGAAAAAGAGAGGGAAAACGGUGAGGUGUGAGUGUCGUGGAGUUUUCUUAGCGGCCAUUGUUGCGUUUGAUGCAUUUCUCUAUCAUAUUGGACGAUGUUAGCUGUAAAGUACAGAGAUGAGUGGACCGAACUGUCCAUGUUUUAAUUGCCUUACUACAAGCUCAGACUCGCUUUAACCAGACUCUACUUAACGACAAAACUUCAUUAUAUAACAGAAGAAUAACAGUAGAGCAAUGACAUAGAAAAUGGCGAAACAUUUCAAAUGAGGGACCUUGGUGUUGCCUUGAAGGAAACCGUUGAAUGGACUUUUCGCUUCAGCUCCAACAUGAACAAAAAAUGUUACUGCUUGUGGCUCUGUCUUCUGGUUGUUUCCUGUAGCAAAUGCGUUGACAUGAAGCGUGUUACUGGACAUUUAGUCACCAAGGAAAACUGGAAAUUCCUGACUCGCUUUUGCUUUUUGUCCGGAGAUGAUCAGAACCGUCUUGGCUCAGUACAGUAUUCCUUCCAGUUUCCUGCUAGUUACCAGGGUAUGCAGCUGUAUUUCUACUUUGAUGACCAAUGGAAGGAGAUUUACGACAGUGAAAAGACAUGUGAAGACAAGGUAUCUGUACUGCAGCCUGAUUACUUCCAAAUUAUUGACCUGUCUGAAGACUAUGAAUGGUCAGGAUGUCAGCUGAUGAACCAUAGUGGCUACAGUUACAAUAAAUGUGAUGGAAUCAGGUUCUUCCGGUCGAUCAGACCACGUUGGUGGUUCAUCACUGUUGGACGAUGUAAACCAGUUAACAACAAUGGUAUCAAUCUCACCUACUACCUACACCUGACCAAUGGUAAUCUUGGGGAUUAUUUCCACAGGGAACUGUCUGCUGACCAAUUUACUAUUCUAGAAGUGGACAUAGCAUUUCUGAUCUUCUUUGUCAUCUUGGCCUGUGUUGCUGUUGUCUUUUCUAUAAUCCUCCGUAACCGUCAGCUCUACCACUCCACUUACAAGAUGUUCAUCUUCUCUAUAAUGAUGUAUAUUGGCUUCCUAUUUUUCAUCUGUAUUCAUUAUGGCAAGUACGCAGAGACUGGCAUUGAGAAAAGGGAGUAUAAAAUAUUGGCCUACAUAUGCCAAGCUGUCAGUGUGAUGACUUUCCAGUUGAUGUUAAUUCUUCUUGGCAAAGGGUUCACCAUUACAAGGGGUUACAUCAGUCAAAUAGGCUCCAUCAAGGUUGCUGUAUUCAUGACAGUCUAUGUUUUCAUCUAUGUUGGAAUAUUCAUCUGGGAAGCUGAGUUUUUUGAUCCUGGCAUUGUGCUGUACCGCUAUGAAAGCCCUCCUGGUUAUGGGCUGAUUGGUAUGCGAGUUGUUGGAUGGUUGUGGUUUUGCUAUGCCAUUGUUACGACAAUCAAGCAUCACAUUGAAAAACUAUCUUUUUAUAUUUUCUUCUUUUUUGUUUUUACGCUCUGGUUCUGGGCUACUGUGAUAACAUUUCUUGUUGCUAAUAAUGCAGUUCCUUGGCAUUUGAGGGAGAAAAUUGUCAAUGGAGUUGAGAUAUUUAUUGACUUUUAUGCACAUUUAGUGUUUUUGUUCCUCACCAGUCCUGUCUUGAUCAACAGAAUCUUCCCAUUUCACAUCAAAACCUCUCAAAUUUGUCCAGUUGAAGAUGGUGACUGUAUAUCUGGAGGAGGAGAGGGUGAUAUACAAAAUAUCCAACUAUCAACUGUGUCUCAUUCAUAUAUCAUGGACCGAGGACCAAACAUAGCCAAUUUAUUUGUUACCAGUCACACACUCUCUACAAAACCUGGUCAAACUGCAGUGUCCCCUGAGAGUCUUCUCACAAGACCAGUGAUGCCGCUUCCAGCUACAAGUGUUAGCUCAAGAGACACAUCCCUUACAGAUGUCCUUCCUCCUGGUGCAAGGAAACCAUCACCUCCACCAUCCUAUGAUGUGCUCUUUAAGGCCAAAGGUGGCAGCUAAAAGUUGGUUAAAAAAAAAAAGAAAAGGAACUAAAAAUAAAUGAAGAGAGAGUUAUGCUUUUUCAGGAUGAAAACUGGACAAUCUCUACAUGGCCUUUGGUAGUGUGGUUAAAUAUUUUUCCUCCUAGAUUUCUCAUAACACUAUAUAAUUCAAUCUAGCCUACAUUGCUUGGCUAAAAGUAUGGAAGGGACAGGGUGACAUUUGUCCUCUUUAUUUUAAUGAAAGUUUUUUUUAAUACAUAUUUCAGUUUUUUUUUUUAUUUGCAAAAAUAUAAUUUUUCAGAUGAGAUUAUUUAAUGUGAACCAACUGUGACAAUGAGGAAUUUGUACCUUCCAACAUCAUCAGAAGUGGUGUUAAAAUCUUUGCAACGAUCUAUGCAUAAUAUGCACAUUAAAAACAAAAGUCUAUAUAUAUAUAUAUACAUACAAUUUUUUUCUGGUGAAGGAACUUAUCUGAACUAUGGUAGGUUAAAGAAAAAUGACCUGUAUUCCUUGAUCUUUGCUUUCUAACCUUCUUUUGUUUAGUCCUGUCUUUUUUUAUUGUUCUGAGUUCAAAUCUUACUGGGGUUGUCUCUGCCUUUCAGUCUUCCAAGGGUUGAUAAAAUAAAUACAAGUAAUAUGC